AUGUCCGACGCGGGUGGAAACAAUGCGGGAAACGACCAGUCCCCGGGAGCUGGCAAGUCGAGUGCACCCAAGGAUAGGAACUGCCCAUUCUGUAGCCAAGCGUUUACCUCGUCGUCGCUUGGAAGACAUUUGGACCUGUACAUUAAAGAGAAAAACCCCAAGCCUGCCGAUGGCGUGCACGAUGUCGACCAGAUCCGCAAGAUGCGUGGGAGCAUCACGAGGAGACAGCCGCGAGGAUCUCUCGCGCGGCGGGAUUCGUCCGUCCCCGGGACUCCGACUGCGUCAACGACGACGGCCAAGAGCCCGGCACCAGGAUCCAGCCUGAAGCGGCCCUCGAUCCCCAGAGAGGGCCAAUACGUCGUGGACCAGACGCCCAAGUACCCCUUUCAUACCAGUUGGGAAGCGACAGGUGUGAUUAAUGACAUACCCACGGCCAAUGCGGAGAGCUGGGAUGAGAACAUGAGCCAACAGCAGCCGGGGCAAGCCAGAAGAGCAAGUGCGCAAACACAACAACGGGCGCCCACCCGGGUGGCCCAGAGACAGCAACUGGACGCCCGGCAGAAGCUCACGGAUGCUGUCGAUACGGCGAGGGCAGCCGAGUUGGCCCUGAGGGAACUGCUUAGUUCAUGGAGGGCAGCAAAGCAGCAAAUCGACAUGAAUUCCCUCCCCUUCGACUUCGAUCCCCUCUCCCUCGAUUUCCCUGCCCUCACACUGCAAUGUCUCCAAGCGCCUCCCACUUUGUUUUCCUCGACUCCCCAUCCCACAUCUACGUCAUGGUCAAUACAGCCGCCCGCGCAGAAGCAGUUUGAGGCUCUGCGGAUGUGGUUCGAGGAAGAAUUCAGGAAAUGGAGAGUAGCUUGCGCCGCCGCUACCACGGCUUCCACCGAAGACGUUCCGUACCCGCCCACCCACACACACGUACCUAAUGAUUUGCGAGAAAGUGUCCAGAAAGCUGAGAAGGCUGCUGCCAUGCUCGAGAAGCAAGUCGACGAACACUUGCAGUCCACAUACCAGGUGUGGGAACAGCUGCCUGUGCAGAGAAGAACCGAACUUUGGAGUCUAGAGUUGGCCAGGAGCGUUGGCCGGAGACAAAAGGAAAUAGAGAAGCUGAAGGAGGCGCAGCAUGCCAUGAAGCAGGACAAUGUCAACCUCAAGUCUCAGAUCGACCAGCUCAACCACUUGCAGCAACCCAGAGAGUUUAGGAUAAUGCCACCAACCACUGUCCCCUUUGACCAAUCCCUCGUGUCAUACUGCUUGGAAUUUGGCGUAAAGGGUGUGCACGGUCUCGGUCUAAACAUAGACGAUCGUCAUCUGGACCUUGGUGCCCUGGUCUCCCGCGCUAUUGAACGGUGGAAGAAUGUCAUCGUGGCUUCUAGAGGGGCUGCCGGCAUGAAUGCCCAGCGGCCAUUGGAGCAACCAGCAACAACGACACCAGCCACGACGACACCGACCCCAGUGGCACAAACUCAACCUAAACCAUUAUCCAAGACACAACCGCCCCAACCAAGACAAAUAAUACCACCCACCACGCAAGGUCCGUCAAACGACUCGAGAUCUACCACAACAGCUACAACAACAUCAACUUCUGUCAACGACGAAGGAAGUGACCAAGAUGCCGAUGCCGAUGCCGAAAUGGAGGAGGACGACAGUCUUGCGCCCAUCAGCACGCCCAUCGUAGUCAAGCCACCCCAACAGCAGCAGGCGGAAGUACCGCAGACGAGGCAACACGCUCAACAGCGGUUAGCCGCCAACAACGAUGCCCGUUUCGCCAUGAAUGGUGCUGGCAACAUGGGCGGCAACCAAAGGAUGAACAUGAACCGACCCAUGAACAUGAAUGCCGCCGCAAUGCAAGCCCACAACCAGCGCGGGGGCCGUGUAAUGACCAGUGGCGACUACAACCCGGUCGUCUCGGGCGUAGGCAGUGGUGACCCAAUGUAUAUGGAUUAG